CCUCCAUGCAGUCUACAUUCCAACCAAAACCUGUUUUCUAAACGCUAGAUUACAAUCUAGCUGGGGUGGAGUUUCUAUGUGUUGGGGAAGGGGAUCGGAGGUAGUGUGAAGGGAAGGGACUCAGGAAGGAGGCUGGUGUUCUGAAGGAAAAUUGUUGAAUAUCAAAGGGCAGAGAGGGGAGGAGAGUCAGACAGUGGGGGACAGAUGUGUCCUCUCCUUUCCUAGAGAGGCCAGUUCUUGCCCCGCCCAUCCCUCCUUAAGGCGCCAUCUUGGCGAGCCUGGCCGUUGCUAGGAGACGGAGACGCUGCCUGGAAUCUCAGCCUCGGUGGGCUUGGGGUAGCUAGGAUCCUCGCUAAGUCCUAGACCAGCCUUUUCUGCCCCCACCCCCCCGCCCCAUGCUGGACUCCCAGCUGCUCCUAUUUGGAGUGGCGCACUUUGCACCCUUCUUCUAGUCCUGCCGGGCACCUGGCCCCACCGCAGGGGCAGCCAUGCCGAGAAGGGGCAAAAAGGGCCCGAAGACCGAAGAGGAGAGGUUGCUGAUGCUUCAGCAUAAGAUGAUGGCCGAGGAGGAGCAGCUCAGGAGGAAGGAGAGGCUCUUGAAUCAGUUCUUGAAGGACAAGCUGGCUAAGGAAGAGCGCAAUAGUUCCUUGAACCUUAAUAAAAUCAACACACAGUGGAGAACCAUCCUGAGGGAAGUCAAGGCCAAAGAGCUUCGGAAAGAUAUUGAGAUCCUUAGCCAAACAUUUGAAAGGGUGGUGGAUUGCAAAGAUAGCGUUAUCAAAUCUUUAGCUAAGGACCUGACAGAAGCUGAAGACCAAUACGCACACGCCCUCCAGGGUCACUUGCACAACGUAGAUGAGCUCCUAGCGCUCCAGAGAAGCCGCCUUGCCUACCUGGAGGAGUGCUACAAUGAAGAACUAGAGGCCCUCACCAAGGAAUUUGAGACAGAAAGGAAGAUGAUCGUUGACCAACAUGAGAAAGAGAUGCACUACCUCCAGGAUGUUUACCUCGCCAUGGAGCAGAACUUCACAGACACUGAAUAUGAAGCUAAGCUGGAGUUCCAAAGCAUGUGGGAUGACCUCAAAAAUAAGAACCUGGAGGAGAAGCACUUUCUAAGAAUGCAGCUAGAAAGCACGGUGGAAGAUCUGUGGAGAAGGUUCCAGGAAGCACUCAAGAACUAUACUGAUGCCACAGAGGAUCGGAAGCUUGCCUUUGAGACCCUGAAGGCAAAGGAUGAGAAGAGUUCCAAAGAGAUAGAGAUGCAGAUGAAAAAACUGCAGAAAAUCCAGGACUCCAUUGCUAUCCUGCGGGGUAAAAUCAUGGUGCACACCCGUGAGAAUGAGGAACAGAACCGACAUAUCCGUGAAGAUAAAGAUCUGGUCCACAGGCAACUGCAAAAGCUCAAACAACAAAUGAAUCGAGCCCGGGCAGAGGCUCGCCGUAAUCUGACCAAACUGACCUGGGAAAGUCACGUCGCCCUCAAAGCCCUGAAAAAAACUGUUGAGAAGGGAGAUCUCAUCCUCAGACUUGCUGAAAUAUGUAGGAAGUUUGAGACAGAGGAAGAGAAAGUCCUACCCUUCUAUUCCUCAAUGUUGACACCAGAGGAACUGCAAGAAGUGGAGCAAAAUGACCAUGAGGAGCCGUCGAUAGAACUUGCUAAGUUGAUGGAGAACUAUACAGGCUUGGAGAAUUUCUGGAAAAGGUAUAACAAGGUAAAGCUGGAACAACUAAGUCUACAGCAAAGACGAGCCCAAUUGCUGGAAACCAACGAGAAGCUGAGGCACAUGCUCAAGCAGUACCUGGACAGUAUUUCAGUGAGUGAUGAAGUGCUGAGCCAGCUCAACCCUCUCUUCAUCAUCAACCAGCGCAGCAACAUCCCCUUGCCCCAGAUAGCCAGCUCCCCAAAGCAGCCUCCCUACAACAUCAUUGAGGCUGCCCAUGUGGUAUCGCACACAUUGUGAAACCCUCAUCAAUGAUGUCCUCAGGGAGCCAGCCUCUCCCCAACCCCCAAAUACUUUCCCUCCAUCUAUAGAAACUUGAUAUUAAAGGCUUCCAUUAAGUUCUUGGGCAUGUCAUAGCUUUGGGUUUCUUGUGAAGACACUCGUUAAGAGUUACACUACAAUGCUAUCACUCUGGAGGAAAGAGGGUCAUAUACCAGGGAUAAGAAACCCAAAUAGAUUGAGAGAAGCUAGGUGGUCACUGAGAAGUCCACUUGGAAGGCCUUAGAGAAGAAUCUUGACCUCAGUCCUCCAAGCAAUGUGGGGUCACAGGUAGUCAGGAGGCAGUCUCUACCUUUUGGAUCUAGGUUUUUAAUGGGAAAAGCCAAGGUUGAGUUUGGGAUGGAAGAUGGGAAAAUAAGACUAGGUCAUAGGGGCAGCUAGAUGGCGCAGUGGAUAGAGCACCAGCCCUGGAGUCAGGAGUUCAAAUCUGGCCUCAGACACUUAACACUUACUAGCUGUGUGACCCUGGGCAAGUCACUUAACCCCAAAUGCCUCA